AUGACACAAUUUUAUGCACAAACACAAUUUAUAUAUCUACAGCAAGCAUUACAAAAUAAUAACCUUCUUUAUACUUCUUUUCCUCUACACAACUUCGAUAUGUCCCACAGAUCAUUAUACAAGGGAAAACGAUUCGAUAAGGAGGGUACAUUAUCCGCCUCGUCUUCUCGAGCUCAGUCAGCCAUCGGAACUCCUUUACGAUCAGACGACUCUGACUACGAAAGUGAUUAUGAAGAAGGCGAAUUGUUAAAGAUCGAGGAGAUCUUGCGAGAAAAGCUUACCAAUUUGAAUCAACAAGAUAUGGGAGAAGUUGCUAAAGAAGAUCGAAUAAGUUCGGGAGACAGGCGUCAAUACGAAGCUCAUCAAUUGAAUAAUAAACGAAUUCAGGAAAAUUCCAACAUUAAUGAAAUUAUCAAGUCGUUGACUUUUUCACGUACUGAUAUUAGUUCAAGGUCGAGAGAGCUAUUAUUGGCUCAGCUUUACAAAGUUGUUGUUUCGAAGCCGUUGGUGGUUUAUAAUGAAGAAAAUGUGGGGAACCGAUUGAAUUAUGUUGAUGAGGAUACGGUGAAUACAUUGAUUAAUCAGUUUACUAGUGGUAAUUAUCGAAGUGAAUUGGAGUUUCAAUAUCUAUAUCGUUCAUUGAUUGCUUUGAUUUGCAGUGAUGUAGAUGAAUUUGGUGCGUUGAUUAGUAAUGACUUGUUAACCAAAAUUCAACAUUUAAUCACUGAACCAACAAAUAGUAUUGUAACUGCAGAAAACAAAUCAGAUAUCAUAUUAGGAUAUACUGUAUUAACUGUGGUGUUGCACAAUGGAUCUUCAAGUUUUGGAGUUGAUGACAGAGUCAAUAUGUUGAUGGAAAUUGCUGAAGGAUAUAGUGCUAGUGCAUUGGCAUUACAAAAGGAAGUGGAACAAGGUGAUCGCGAACACUCUACAUUCAUAACUGAUAAGAAUUUGGAUAAGAAGUUGGUUAAUGAAGCCAACGCCAAAGUUGUUGCUGAAGCUUCAGUUGCCGUUGCUGCUCUACAUGGAGUUGGGUGUCUUUUGACUUUAUUGCGUCGUGGAGAGUACUUGAAUGAGAUUGUUGAGGAUUUAAUGGUGAAGUUGGUGCCGCUUUUGGAUAAUGAUGAAAACAGAGAUAUUGCCAAAGCGGCAGGAAGAACCAUUGCUGUUAUUUAUGAGUUGUAUGACUAUGGAAACGAUGAAGAGGAAAAUGAGGAUGAGGAUUACAAUUUAAAUUCCCCUUAUUAUGAGCAAGAAUCAUUGAUUUCGAUAUUGACUAGGCUACUCAAUUUAUCUUCGAAGAAGGUGUCGAAAAAGGAUAAAAAAGAAAUCAGUUCGGUAUUCAGGAAUAUCAUCAACACUAUUGAAACGUACACUGAUAACAAUAAGAGGCAGCAGGUUUAUAAAAGAACAGAAGAGGGUGUUGAGCUACUCAAUAGUUGUGUUGACACUAUAAGCAUCAAACUAUCAAAGUACAAACAGUUACGGAUUAAUUCAUGGUAUCUUGCUACAAGACUAAGACAUUUGAAAUGGUGUUUCAGCUUUGGAUUGCAUAGUCAACUAGUUGCAAAUGAUUCAAUUAGAGAUGUGUUGAAGGAACCAGACAAUGAAUACUCCUACGGUAGUCAUGGUAUUGAUGUUGACGAAAUUGAAGACCAUGAAGUUUUACAUGAAUAUAUGGAUCAAAAACAUUCCACUGAUGAGAAACUGAGACAUGAACGAAGAAAAAAGGAAAGAAUGGCCAAAAUCGAUGAUCAGUUGGAAGGAUUGAAUUUAAAUACAUGA